UCAUCCAAUCACACAAGGAUAAAAGGUUGCGUCUUACAUCAUAACCUAAACCUCCACUUUCUUCUCUGCAUGCCUUGUAUUAAAGAAAGAAAAAAAUCAUCUCUGUUAGAGGUCUUUACGAACCCCCCCUUGCCAUAAGUAGAGUCGAUUCUACCUCCUGAAAACCAAGCUUCCAGUUUGCCUGGAUUGAAAAUAUGGGUUUGAUUAUUUAUCUUGAUACUGUUUUAGUCCCUUUGAGUCUCUUCAUCAUGGUGGGUUACCAUGUUUAUCUAUGGCAGUGUUUCAAGAACAAACCGUCUCAAACCACCAUCGGGAUUGAUUCAUUACGGAGGAAAAGUUGGUUUCUUGAAGUGAAAGAGGGUGAUGAUAAGAAAAGCAUGUUAGCAGUACAGAGCUUGAGAAACGCUCAGAUGACAACAAUAUUCACGGCUUCAAUAGCAAUUCUUGUAAACUUAUCACUGGCAGCUUUAACUAACAACUCUUAUAACGCUGGCCAUCUCUUGAGCAGUGCAGUUUUUGGGUCACAAUCAGGGAAACUUUCUGUUCUGAAAUUCGGGUCAGCAUCAUUUUUCCUUCUGGCUAGCUUCUUAUGCAGUUCUAUAGGACUUGGAUUCAUGAUAGAUUCCAAUUUCUUGAUAAAUAUUGCUUCUUACGAGUUCUCAUCAUGGCCAGCAUAUACACAAACGAUAUUUGAAAGAGGGUUCUUCCUUGCUCUUAUAGGGAAUAGAGUUCUCUGCAUCACUUUUCCUUUGUUGUUAUGGCUGCUUGGUCCUCUGCCUGUUGGCUUGUCCUCUGUUGCACUUGUUUGGGGUUUGUAUGAGUUUGAUUUUCAUGGCAAGUCUGUGACUAGCAGCAGCAACAACGCGACUGCCCUAAGAUGAACAAAUUUCAUAUUAUUUAACUUCAUUGCAAAACUGAAAGACUGAAUAUUGUAUGCAUGUAUGAAUUACACACGAAGAAGUUGCUUUAGUUUAAAAAAAAGAAAAGAAAAAAAAAAAAGUUGCUUCAGUUCAA